UUUAUCUUAACGCAACGCAUCAUUGCCACUGACACCACUCUAUCAAAACUCUAUCUUCACUGUAUGUUGUGAACAUUCCGGUUUGUUCGUAAUUUGCGUCAUUUGUGCCAUAACGAUAGCUGCUGGAUUUAUAAGGUUGAGUUUUGUGCUAACAUCUUGCAGCAAAAAUUCAUUCGGUGAUUACAAGCAUGACAUCCACUUUGAACUUCUACGUGGUUGGAGAGGUCAUCUGCGAUGAAAUCUUGGGACUAUUAGAAAAAUACGCCAACGAAUCAUUAGCAAAGCAAAACGUCUUUCGAGUUGGUGUUUCAGGCGGUUCGCUUGCUGAUGUUUUAACGGAAGGCAUGUACGAUCUUAGAACCGAUUUCACAAAAUGGCAAAUAUUUUUCUGCGAUGAGCGUAUCGUACCAUAUGAUAGUAACGAUUCGACCUACGGGGUUUUUAAGCGGGAUCUGCUAGACCGGAGAGCUCAGGUUCCGAAGACAGCCUUUUUUCCGGUCAACACAACGCUCAGUCCAUCAGAAGCGGCAGCCGAUUAUGAGAAAACGAUACGGAAAGCGUUUAAAAUGGAAAACAGCAGCGAAGUACCAUCAUUUGAUCUACUGAUUCUUGGUAUCGGUCCCGACGGACAUACGGCUUCAUUGUUCCCGGAACACCCGGUACUAGAAGAAAAGAUGAAAUUGAUUGCUCCGAUUGAAAAUUCACCGAAGCCUCCGCCGAACCGAAUCACAAUGACCUAUCCGUUGAUCAAUAGUGCAAAAGUGUGUAUGUUCGGCGCACAGGGUAAAUCAAAAGCGGAGAUUUUAAGGAAAAUCUUAGUGGAUAAGGAACAAAAUCUUCCGGCGACUCGUGUAGAUCCUGCAAAUGGUCACCUAAUCUUCGUUGCCUGCGAUGAAGCUGCUGCACUCGUCGACAUUAAUCCAAACCGCGAGAAGGAUGACUAAAAGAUGGUGCGUGUCUGACAAUCUCUGUUCCGUAAAACAAAAUCACCAAGUGCAUUUUACUUGAUCCAUUAACGGUACCUAAGCGAAGUAAAAAGUUGAAUUCGCGCAAACA